UUUCCCAUUUUGCACCAUAAAUGAAAUCUGGUUUGCAAACAUACCCUUAGAAGAAGACACUCAGAACACUUUCCAAGUUCCAAGUAGUAGUUGAGGACACUUCCCGGUGCUGCAACAUGCCAACUUAGCCGCUUCCAACUUCCCCGGCACCGGCAUCCUUCUAACCAACGAAAAAAAAAAAAAAAUAUAUAUAUAUAUAUAGCAAUAAACAAUAAAUUUUUAAAAAAAAAAAAAUCCUCUCUCUGUUUCAGCGUCAAUAAUGAGCUCAUCUUCUCAAUAAUCUUUCUCAGCUAAUCAAAAUUCCCAAAUUAUUCUCCUUCAUUUUCCCUCCAUUUCCAUACCCAUGCCCAAUUUCUAGGGUUUCUUAAUCCCCCCCAACCAUGGACGACAAACCGCCAUUGAAGCUCCUCUCGCCGCAGGACUGGGAGUCUCUCAUGGACGACUUCCAGUGCGGCGGCGCGCGCCGCGAGAAAUGGACCGCCGCCUACGCCAUCAUCCCCUCCCUCGCCGAUCAAGCACUGGCGUCUCUCCUCAAGCGCGAUUUCCCUCUCAAGCUCUCCCUCAUUCUCUUCCUCGAGGAGUUCUCCGAUUCUCUAUUCGCCGAUUUCGAUAUCGAUUCCCGCGAGAUUUUCCUCCUCCGCCUGGUCGAAAUCCUGCGCUCCUUGCUCCAGAUGCCUUCCGAUGGAUUCGCGGUGAGUUUCUCUCUCAAAGAGCAAAUCAUGGUUUCCGUUACAUCGAUUUUGAUCUCUCUCGAGACCGGCCUCGAUCUGGGCCUAGUUAGGGUGUUGGAACCCUUGGUCGAGUCGUUGUUGACGGUUGUUAAUCGACCGAAUCACGGUUUCGAUCGGCAGAUUCGAGCUGUAGCGUGUGAGUGUCUGAGGGAAUUGGAGAAGGCUUUCCCAUGUUUGCUUUCCGAUAUUGCUGGUCACUUAUGGAGUCUGUGCCAAAACGAGCGCACACACGCGUGUCAGAGUUACAUUCUGUUGUUCACCUCCGUGAUUCAUAAUAUAGUUGUAGAGAGAGUGAACGUUUCAAUUCUCAACAAUUCUGUGCCUUUGGUCCCUUUUAGUGUGCCACAGAUUCUGUUGAGUAACGAGGGUUCCGCUUCCUCUCCUGGGUUGAACUACAAGGAGUUGAGAAGGGCCUUGGCGUUUUUGCUCGAGUGGCCGCAAGUUUUGAUGCCUUCCGCGAUGAUGGAGUUUUUGGGGAUGAUAAUGCCUGUGGCGUUGGCAUUGGAGUUGCAGGCUUCAAUGUUGAAAGUGCAGUUCUUUGGGAUGAUUUAUUCGUUUGACCCCAUGUUGUGCCAUGUUGUUUUGAUGAUGUACUCGCAGUUUUUAGAUGCUUUCGAUGGGCAGGAAGAAGAGAUUGCCCAUCGGCUCAUGUUGAUUUCCAGAGAAACGCAGCAUCCUUUGGUGUUUCGAUUGCUGGCGCUUCAUUGGUUGUUGGGUUUUGGUGAAUUGUUGUUGAGAAGGGGUGACGGCGGGAAAUUGAAGUUGUUUGGUGAGAUGGGCUCAAAGUUCUAUCCGAGUGUGUUUGAUCCCCUUGCUCUGAAAGCCAUGAAGCUUGACAUGCUUGCUUUCUGCUCCAUUUGUCUUGAUGUCAUGAACUCCGACUCAGAGAGUGGGAAGUCAAUGGUGAAGCUGUUUCAGGAUGGUCUUAUCUCUGUGUCAACCUUCAAAUGGUUGCCUGCAAGGAGUACUGAAACAGUGGUCGCAUUCCGUGCAUUUCAUAAAUUCUUGAUUGGUGCGUCAUCUCAUUCUGACGCUGAUCCUUCCUCCACCAAAACACUCAUGGAUUCCACCGUCUUCCGAACUAUGCAGGGAAUGCUAGUGGAUGUGAUGUUGGAGUGUCAGAGGCUAGUUCCAGUGAUUGUUACUUUGAUUGACCGCUUGUUAAGCUGUCAAAAGCACCAUUGGUUGGGAGAGCGCCUGCUUCAGACUUUUGACGAGCAUUUACUUUCAAAAGUCAAGAUAGAUUACAUGUUGGUUUCUUGCUUCCCAAUAUUCGACAGAAUUGCUGAAAAUGAUACAAUUCCUCCACGAGGAUUGUUAGAGUUUCUUACCAAGUUCACGGUGUUUCUUGUUGAGAAACAUGGCCCAGAUACAGGAUUAAAAUCUUGGUCUCAGGGAAGCAAAGUUCUUGGCAUUUGUCGAACACUGCUAAUGCACCACAAAAGCUCUAGAUUGUUUCUUAGGUUAUCUCGUCUCCUUGCAUUUGCUUGCCUUUAUUUCCCUGAUUUGGAGGUUCGCGACAAUGCGAGGAUCUAUCUUCGGAUGCUUAUAUGUGUUCCGGGAAAGAAGCUUAGGGACAUGUUAAACCUUGGGGAACAACUCCUUGGCAUUUCACCCUCUCCUGCCAGCUCAUUUUUUAGUGUUCAGUCUCCUCGGUCCACACAUAGUGUCAAAAAGCCAAGAAACUUAUCAUCCUAUGUCCACCUCGAGCGUUUGAUCCUCCUACUUGUCAAACAAUCUUGGUCUUUGUCUCUGUCUCUGUCAUCUUUGUCUGUUGGAAAUAACAAGCCUGGUUAUUUAGGGGACAUCAAGGACCCGGAGCCCAUAAUUGAAGAAAGUGAGAUUGAUGGAAGUAGUAGUAGUACUAUCCAGAUUAUACCAGAAACUGAUAGGAUCGAUAAGCCAGAGCCACUACGUGUGAUGGAUUCAAAGAUUUCUGAGAUUUUAGGACAAUUGCGACGGCAUUUUUCUUGCAUUCCUGAUUUUAGACAUAUGGCGGGGCUUAAAGUGAGAAUUUCUUGUAGUUUGAGAUUUGAAUCAGAGCCUUUUAACCGUAUAUGGGAAGUUGGUCCACCUGCUGGCGGUUUCGAUGUAAUAGAUUCCCUUCCUGCUAUAUAUGCCACUGUCCUCAAAUUUUCUUCCUCUGCACCAUAUGGGUCUAUUCCGUCAUAUCACAUACCUUUUCUUCUUGGUGAGCCUCCAGCAAGUGAUAACGUUUCUGGUCAAGGGGGUUCGUUAGAUAUUGUCCCUAAAGUAAAUGGUUCUAGAGAAGACACAAGAUUUAGAGCUCACGUGACAAUUGAAAUGGAACCACGGGAACCAACGCCUGGUCUGGUUGAUGUUUUCAUGGAAACAAAUGCAGAAAAUGGUCAGAUUGUUUGUGGCCAGCUUAACAGUAUCACGGUAGGCAUAGAAGACAUGUUUCUCAAGGCUAUUGUACCACCUGAUGUCCAGGAAGAUGCAGUAGCUGGUUACUACUCAGAUUUGUUCAAUGCUCUCUGGGAAGCAUGUGGUACUUCUUGCAAUACUGGGCGGGAGACCUUCCAAUUGAAGGGAGGCAAAGGGGUUGCAGCCAUCAGCGGGACCCGUUCGGUGAAGCUGCUCGAAAUCCCUGCUUCAUCUCUGAUUCAGUCUGUGGAGUGCAACUUGGCACCAUUUGUCGUAAGUGUAAUCGGUGAACCACUCGUUACUCUCGUAAAAGAUGGUGGAGUCAUUAGAGACAUCAUCUGGGAGGAUGCGGCCUCCCCCGACGAUGAUGAUGCUAACCAGAGGGAUGAUUUUGAGAGAGGCCCUCUUCAUCUUACGUACAUUGAUGAUACAGGUGAAAGAGACAGUGUUGUCAACAUCAGUAAAAGGAACUUGGGAUGCUUUCUUGUUUUGAUAUUUCUUCCACCUAGGUUCCAUCUCCUCUUCCAAAUGGAAGUAAGCGAUUUUUCGACUUUGGUACGAAUUCGAACCGAUCACUGGCCAUGCCUGGCUUAUAUUGAUGAUUAUUUGGAAGCCUUAUUUUUGGCAUAGAACUUUUUUUUUUUUUCUUUACUGAGUGCCAUUGCAAUGAAGACGGCAGGUAUCAUCCUUUAUUAUCGAUGCUGCUGUGAGUUCAUAGGCUUUUUGUUUAAUACUCAUUCAAUAAUAUUGUUUCAUAGAAAGAGGGGUUAAUUUUUGUACCCAGAUUCGAAUAAACGUGUGUAAAUACCUCUGCCGGUGAGUCCUUGUAUUAUUUUUUUGUUUGCGGGAAUUUUAGAAAUUAAAAU